AUGCAUAGGCCAAAAAUCGUGCCCCACGUGGUUAGGUCGCAGAUGGAGCUAACGGGCGCAGAUAUCAUACUGAUGCAGGAGCCCUACACCAUGGAAGGUAACAUACCUGGAUUUGGGACGAGCGUCGCGAUCGUGUGUCGCGGGGAUAAGAGUGCCCCACCCCUCGCGGCGGUGGGGAUCAGAGGAAACCAUAUCUCGGCUCUCGAAAUCGCGAGUUUGUGCAUGAGACACUGCGCUUGUGUACAGAUAAGCGACGGAGACACCGAGCACGGUCUGUUGGUGCUGAACUGGCCGUGCGACGUCACAACGUUUGAGACAACGCGCGGGAAAUCUAACAUCGACGUGACGCUCGUCACUCCGGAAGCACUACCGCUCGUGCACGACUGGAAGGUGCACGAGGACGGAACCUCCAGCGACCACCGGGUACUGGAGACGCGACUUAACCUCAAGAAGUGGAAGGCACUGCCACCAUCACUGCCACUACGCUACCACGCCAGGAAGGCCAAGUGGGAAAAGUUCCACAAGCUCAUCAUCGAAGAGAAGAGGAACCUGUCCGAAAUGGUAAUCAGGUGCCAAGAGGACGUAGAGAGUAUUGUCGUAGAGCUGGAGCGGGUUCUCACCAAAGCCUGCGACGCGGCCGUACCGAAGAAGAAGUGGUACGAAAGGUCCAACUCUUGGUGA